GUAUGAUCAUUCUUGCUGCAGCACAUACACUUGUUAUCCCUGCACAUUGAGUUAACUGCCGAGACUUUCAACUCACAGACUGCGUUGACGGUGCAUAAUCUCCGCCUUUUACUGUGUCUGCUGCACUUUAGCUCUCUAUAACCAUGUCCCUAGCUUCUCAGAUGGGCUCGAUGCGGAUAAAGGACCCGGAGGAGAUCGAACGUUUGGUAAAGGAGAACAAUGAGCUGAAACGACAGAUCGCAGGAGGCGGCGCCAGCUCUUCUUACCAGAUCCCCUACGAGGACCUGGAGGUGCAAGACCAAAUCGGCGGUGGCGGCUUCUCCCUCGUCUACCGCGGCUUCUGGAAGGGCACGCCGGUGGCCAUCAAGAAGUGGUUCGACCCCAACCAGUCGGAGCAGAUGGUGCAGGAGUUCAGGGAGGAGGUCAUGACGCUGGCCGAGCUGCGCCACCCCAACGUGCUGCAGUUCCUGGGCGCCUGCAUGCGCCCGCCGCACCUGGCCAUGGUGACGGAGCACAUGCCCUUCAGCCUGCACCAUGUUCUGUACGGCGCGGGGGUGGAUCUGGAUCGCAAGAAGAUCGUGGGGCUGGCGCAGGACAUUGCAAGGGCAUUCGUGUACCUGCACUCCCGGCGCCCCGCGGUGGUGCACCGAGACAUCAAGCCCGCUAACUUCCUGGUGGACCGGGCGUGGAAGGUCAAGGUGUGUGACUUUGGUCUGGCCUCCAACAGCAAGGCCCAGGCGGGUGCAGGCACUCCGCAGUACAUGGCGCCCGAGCUAUAUGAAAACAAGCCCUACAACGAGAAGGUUGACGUGUACGCCUUCGGAGUGAUGCUGAACGAGCUGGUUGCCAAGGAGCCGCCCUUCUCGGGGCUGGCGCUGGGGGCCAUCCGGGAGGCGGUGCUGGAAGGGAAGCGGCCGGACGUGCCGCUGUCCUGCCCCAAGUUGAUCUCCGACCUGGUUAAGCGCUGCUGGGCCCAGGCGGCCGACUCGCGACCCAGCUUCGCGCAGAUCCUGGAGGCGCUCAAAGAGGUGGCCAAGGCGGUGUGAGGGACCCGUGUGUGAGGAAUAAAGGGAGAGGAAAAGGAACCGUGGUCAAGUAUGGGGAGGGAGACAAAGUGGAAGAAAUGAUGAACCAUGGCCAAGGCUGUGUGAGGGAGGGUCAGGGCAUGAGGUUGUGGGAAGCGCAGGCGGUGUGGAUGUGAGAAGAUGGGAGAGGAGGAGCUGACGUGCAGCGGUGAAGGACGGCAGGCGCGCGUCGGAGACAGGAUGAUGCAGGGGGGUUAUACGGCAGUUAGCAAAGGCGGUUGGAAGGAGAGGGGGUUGAAGAGGAGCCUGUCUCUUCCACCCGCAGGGCCGCCGUACAGGCGUGUGUACUGCGGGAUGUGUGUUUGGUAAGUGGCCGCGAGUCGAAACAGUGGCCGUGUCCUACAUGCGCAUACAUGUGGACAUUCGGCAUGCAUGCACACAUGGGGGUGAUGGGAGCCACGUGCGUUCGCAUUAGGUAGCGCUGUGUUAACGUAGGUUGCGGUGCGGUGUGGUGUGGGAGAAGAGGGGCGGGGAGCAAUGCAGCAGGAGGAGGAACGUAACGCGGAACGCGCCGCAUCCUUCCAGCAUGGUGGUAUACCGGUAGAUACCCUGAUGUCGUGUGUCGCAUUGACCUGGUGGAUAUGGUUGUGUGAAUGUCAGGGAUGGUGAUGAUGGUGGUGGUAAGGAUGGUUGUGAUGGCAGUCAGUGCCGCACGGUUGCUUCUGGCAUCCGUCCAAUAGGAUCCAUGACCACUAUGCAUGAGGGUCACAGUUUAUACGCGGCCAUUCAACAGCGCGUGCAUGCAUGCAUGCCCUGCGUCGUUCCGGUUAGGAGAGCUGCCUUCCGAGAUGCACAUUGCAUUGCACAGAAGGUGCAUGGAGACAGCAGCACUCUCCAGCCCCCGGCUGACGCGUUCCUUGUCCGGCGUCCCUUCUUUCAGCUAGUUUAUGAUUGACUCGUGUCUUGCACGGCUCUCAGUGUUUCACGGUGAAUAAGUGAUGCGCAUUCUCGCAUGCGAGCAGUGUUUGGGGCCCGUCUGCUGCGAGGGAAUAGCGGAUAAACGGCGGCACGGCAGUAUGACGUCGACGGUCGCAAUCAUGGUCAUCUUUGUCAUCGUCACCAAACGAAGCUCGAACAAAUAAGCCACGACCACCACAUACUCAAAUCGCAAUAAAAAAUAGAAAGCUCUAGUCGAUUUAAUUGUUUGCCGGCUUG